AUGGCAGACAGAUACUCGUUUUCAUUAACCACAUUCUCUCCAAGUGGUAAAUUGGUCCAGAUAGAAUAUGCUUUGAAUGCAGUGAGGCAAGGAGUGACAACCAUUGGGAUCAAAUCCGCCAAUGGAAUUGUUCUUGCUACUGAAAAGAAGGUGAAUUCUCCACUUUUGGUGAACGAUACAAAUUCCAAAGUCGAAUUGAUUACUCCAGAUAUUGGGAUGUCCUAUGCUGGGAUGGGACCUGACUUUAGAGUAUUGGUUGAUAGAGCUAGAAAGUUAUCUCAUACAAAUUAUAAAAGAAUUUAUAAUGAAUAUCCUCCAGUUAAAAUAUUGGUUCAAGAAAUAGCUAAAACCAUGCAAGAAGCUACUCAAUCUGGUGGGGUAAGACCUUAUGGAGUGUCAUUAUUAGUUGGAGGAUAUGAUCAACAUUCUCAACAAUUUCAAUUAUAUCAAGUUGAUCCUUCUGGUAGUUAUUUCCCUUGGAAGGCUACUGCCAUUGGUAAGACCUCCAAUUCUGCCAAAACGUUUUUGGAAAAGAGAUGGAAUGACAAUUUGGAAUUAGAAGAUGCAAUUCAUGUUGCUUUAUUGGCUUUGAAGGAAUCAGUAGAUGGUGAAUUAAAUGGUGAAAAUUUGGAUAUUGCAAUCAUUAGUGAUCCUCAACAAGAUUUAUUAGGUUUCACGGGUACAGAUAUUGAAGGUCCUCGUUUCAGAAAGUUAUCAGCUGAUGAAAUUAAUGAUCGAUUAGAAUCUUUAUAG